CUUUCAGACCGAACGGUGGCGUUCAUCAUGUACAGAUACAGUUUAUUGACGCCGUUAACGCAGAAGAAGAAAAACGUAUACAACAGAAAUGGCGUCACCCGGCGAGGCAGCGGUGGAUGAGACACACGUGGGUAAAAAGAAGAAGCCGCCUGCUCGGUACUGGCAGGAGCUCCAGGAGGAGGAACGGAAGGAUGAAAACAAAGUUAAAAACGACGCAGAACAGAGCAAAGAGGCUCAGCAGCAGGAGGAGGACGAGACACAGAAGGCAAAGAAGCGAAAACAAGACCAGAGUCCAAGUGAUGGAGAGAAAGUCAAGCCAGGGAAAUCUGACCCAUUCCCAGGCCCUGCUCCUAUUCCAGAAGACAGAUUGCAAAAAUUCAAGAGGAAAGAUAAACUUAAAAAGCCUCACCGUAAGCAGCACAAGCUGAGAGAUAUCAUAGCUCGCUCAGAAGAUGCUUCAGAAAUGGCCCAGAAACAAGCAGCCCGGUUUGACCUUCUCCUCCCGGAGGAGGCAGGGUUUUUAGAAGGAGAUGAAGAUGAGGACACAUGUAUGAUCUCACAGGAGGAUAUUGCGGAGGCUGUGGACAUAACAUCUGGAGCAAAGUAUUUUAAUCUGAAACUGUCUCAGUUUGGACCGUAUCGAUUGGAUUACAGCAAGACUGGACGUCACCUGCUGCUUGGUGGGAGGAGAGGCCAUGUUGCUUGUAUAGAUUGGACGUCCAAACAGCUGAUGUGUGAGAUAAAUGUGAUGGAGUCUGUCAAUGAUGUGAAGUGGCUUCAUAGCGAGGCUAUGUAUGCAGUGGCUCAGAAGAAAUGGCUUUAUAUCUACGACUCUAACGGAAUAGAGCUUCACUGCAUCCGAAAAUUCAAUGACGUCCUUCGUAUGCAGUUCCUCCCCUAUCACUUUUUGCUCGCCACAGCGAGUGCUACCAGUUUCCUGCAGUAUUUAGAUGUGUCAGUGGGAAAGGAAGUGGCAGCUAUCUGCACCAAGACUGGCCGACUUGACGUGAUGUGUCAGAACCCUCAUAAUGCCAUCAUCCACCUAGGUCAUGCCAACGGCACGGUCACCCUCUGGUCACCAAACCAGAAAGAAGCCUUGGUGAAGAUGCUCUGUCACCAAGGGGGCGUGCGCUCUGUCGCUGUGGAUAAGACGGGCACAUACAUGGUGACAUCUGGCAUGGAUAAGAAGCUGAAGGUGUAUGACAUUAGAGCCUUCAAGCCUCUAAAGUCAUACUUCCUUCCUGCUGGAGCUGCCUGUUUGUCACUGAGCCAGAGGGGACUGCUAUCUGCAGCCACGGGGGAUGUUGUUCAGGUGUACAAGGACGUAUGUAGCAUGCCAGUGACUAAACCGUACAUGGCUCAUAGACUUCGGGGAACAGUGUGGGGGCUGCACUUCUGUCCCUUUGAGGAUGUCCUCGGAGUUGGGCACGGAGAUGGUUUCACCAGCAUGCUCGUACCAGGUGCUGGUGAGCCUAACUUUGAUGGUCUGGAUGCAAAUCCAUACCGAAGUGCGAAGCAGAGGCAGGAAUGGGAGGUUAAAGCACUGAUGGAGAAGAUUCAGCCAGAUCUUAUCAGCCUUGAUCCCACUGAGCUGGCACAAGUUGACCAGGCCACCUGGGAGCAAAGGCAUCAAGACAGGGUUGAAGUUCUGGGAUUUGAUCCACUCGCUAAAGAAAAGUUUGUCCCCAAGUAUAAGAAAAAAGGUCGUAGUUCUGCAGGAGCCAUUGAGAGGCGCAAGAAACAAGUGGCUCAUGAGGAGCAGAGGGAUGUAAUCAGAAAAAGCGUGGAGGACAAAGUGAAGAUGGAAAAAGAAAGGAAGGAGCGAGAGCGGAAGAAGGCGGCGUUAUCUACCCAGAAAUCAGCUCUGGACAGAUUCAAGAAAUAGAAAAGGAGCAUGCUUUGUGCAACUGAAAGCCCAGUGGCAUUCUAUGGGAGUGACCUUUGAACUUUGCAUAAAGAACACUUUUUUGGGUUGUUUUUUUUUUUUUUUGCACACAUAAUUCCACCGCAGGGAGCAAAACACCAACUGCUGAACCUCUGGGAAUAAGGGCUUGCAUUGUGACGGGCAACUAAUCAAUGUUGAGUGGAGCAGCGGAGGAAGCUAUAUUUGAUGUCUGUAGCCUGAAGUGCAUCCUGUUUGCAUGGGCAGAUAAUGUGAUGUGCUAGCUGGCAUUGGUGUCACCCAGAAGUUUUAACCUUGUCAGAUCGUGUUCUUUCCUCGAACUUGCUGACCAUAUGUCAACUGUGUUAUAUUUAGUUAUAACUAAAUUCUAAAAAUAAACAACAUAAUGCCAAGCCUUUGAA